CCAGGCGCGGCGAGUCGAGCUCCGAGCGGCCUCGGCAGCGCGCGCGGCGCCUCAACGGGCGGCCGGGCUCCGGCGCGGCGAGGGGCAGCGGCGAGGGGCAGCGGCGCGGCGGGGCCCAGGGAGCCCAGUCUCUCCGCCUCGGGGCGCCGGGAGGAGCGCCCUCUCCGGACCCGAGCGGGCCGGUGCGCCACGCGCGUGCGCGGCCGUCGGGGCAUCCGGGUCCGCCGACGGGGCGGGGCCUGCGGACCCCGCGGCCGCCAGCAUGUGGGGCCUCCUGCAGCGCCCGCUCACCGUCUCGGCCGACAUCAACCUGCACGUGGUGGCGCUGACGGCGCUGGGGCUGCUGAGCCGCCUGUGGGGCCUCGCCCACCCGCGCGCCGUCGUCUUUGACGAAGUCUACUACGGGCAGUACAUCUCCUUCUACAUGAAGCGCAUCUUCUUCCUCGAUGCCAGCGGCCCACCGUUUGGCCACAUGCUGCUGGCCUUGGGAGGUUACUUAGGAGGAUUCGACGGCAACUUCCUGUGGAACCGCAUUGGAGCAGAGUACAGCAGCAACGUGCCCGUGUGGUCGCUGCGCCUGCUGCCCGCGCUGGCGGGGGCCCUGGCGGUGCCCAUGGCCUACCAGAUCGUGUGGGAGCUGCGCUUCUCGCACCUGGCCGCCACGGGCGCCGCCCUGCUGCUGCUCAUCGAGAACACGCUGAUCACGCAGUCGCGGCUCAUGCUGCUGGAGUCGGUGCUGAUAUUCUUCAACCUCCUGGCCGUGCUGUCCUACCUGAAGUUCUCCAGCUCCCAGAAGCACAGGUCCUUCUCUCUGAGCUGGUGGCUCUGGCUGAUCCUGACGGGCGUGGCCUGCGCCUGCGCCGUGGGCAUCAAGUACUCGGGCGUCUUCACGUACCUGCUCGUGCUCAGCGUGGCCGGCGUCCAGGCCUGGCACCUGCUCGGGGACCGCAGCCUGUCUCACGUAGGUGCGGGCGGGCGGGCGGCGGGGGGCCCGCAGGGGCCGGGACUGACCCCACCUGCCCGCCCGCAGGUCCGGGUGCUGUGCCACAUGCUGGCCCGGGCGGCCGCCCUGCUGCUGCUCCCGCUGCUCACCUACGUGCUCUUCUUCUACGUGCACCUCCGGCUGCUGUACCGCUCGGGGCCCCACGACCAGGUCAUGUCCAGCGCCUUCCAGGCCAGCCUGGAGGGAGGCCUGGCGCGCAUCACCCAGGGCCAGCCCCUGGAGGUGGCCUUUGGCUCGCAGGUCACUCUGAGGAGCCUCUCGGGCAAGCCGCUGCCCUGCUGGCUGCACUCGCACCAGAACACCUACCCCGUGAUCUACGAGAGCGGCCGCGGCAGCUCACACCAGCAGCAGGUCACCUGCUACCCCUUCAAGGACGUGAACAACUGGUGGAUAGUGAAGGACCCCGGCAGGCAUCAGCUGGUGGUGGACAGCCCCCCGAGACCCGUGCGGCACGGCGACAUCAUCCAGCUGGUGCACGGCAUGACCACGCGCUUCCUCAACACGCACGACGUGGCGGCGCCCCUGACCCCGCACGCGCAGGAGGUGUCCUGCUACGUGGACUACAACAUCUCCAUGCCUGCGCAGAACCUCUGGAGACUGGACAUCGUGAACCGGGACUCGGACGCGGAGAUCUGGAAGAACAUCCUGUCGGAGGUGCGCCUGGUGCACGUGAACACGUCGGCGGUGCUCAAGCUGAGCGGCGCGAACCUGCCGGACUGGGGCUUCCGGCAGCUGGAGGUGGUCGGGGAGAAGCUGCAGCGCGCCUUCCACGAGAGCAUGGUGUGGACGGUGGAGGAGCACCGCUACGGCCAGAGCCAGGAGCAGCGGGAGCGGGAGCUGGAGCUGCACACGCCCACGCAGACGGACAUCAGCCGGAACCUGAGCUUCAUGGCCCGCUUCUCGGAGCUGCAGUGGCGGAUGCUGACGGUGAGGAGUGACGACUCGGAGCACAAGUACAGCUCCACACCGCUCGACUGGGUCACGCUGGACACCAACAUCGCGUACUGGGUCCACCCCAAGAGCAGCGCACAGAUCCACCUGCUGGGGAACAUCGUGAUCUGGGCCUCGGCCAGCCUGGCCACGCUGGUGUACGCCCUGCUCUUCUGCUGGUACCUGCUGCGCCGCCGGAGACACAUCCACGACCUCUCGGAGGAUGCCUGGCUGCAGUGGGUGCUGGCCGGGGCUCUGUGCGCCGGGGGCUGGGCGGUGAACUAUCUCCCCUUCUUCCUGAUGGACAAGACGCUCUUCCUCUACCACUACCUGCCUGCGCUCACCUUCCAGAUCCUUCUGCUCCCGCUGGUCCUGGAGCACGUCUGCCAGCACCUGUGCAGGUCCCGCAGGCAGAGGACGCUCUUCACCGCCCUCGUGGCCGCCUGGUACUCCGCCGCCUGCCACGUGUUCAUUGCUCUGCGCCCCCUGACCUACGGGGACACGCCGCUGUCGGCCAGCGAGCUGCGGGCGCUGCGCUGGAGAGAGAGCUGGGACAUCCUGAUCCGGAAGCACUAGCUGGGCCCCGCCUGCGCACGAGGCCGAGGAGUCGGUCUGUCUGCAGCAGGCCAAGGGGCGCCGAGGCGCAGCAGGACGCCCGUGGCGGCUGUGGCCUGGCCGGCCGCGAGGAGCACCGCGUGCGGGGCACUCGCCAGCAGGUCCCCUGCACCAGGACCUGUGCUGGGCACGCGGGGGCCGGGGCUGGGAAGCUGGGCGGGGCCCCGAGGCCCCAGGGACAGUCCCUGCUUUCUGCACCGGCCCCGCGUCAGAUAAGCUACCGAGAGACCAGUGUCUGACGGGGUGCACUUGGAACUUGGGGCCUCCGCACGGUGACCACCUGCACAGCCCUUCCAGAAGGUUCUGUCGAGGCAGAGGCCAGCCAUCCGCAUCUCCUGUCCAAACUGGCUUUUUUUUUAAAAAAAAAAAAAAAACAAUUAAAAACGGAGUAAGUUGUUCCCA